GUUUGGGCCUCUGUGUGGGCUGAUUGGGCCUCUGUGUACCUUAAGUGCCAGGGCCUAAUUUAAUUUUUUAUGAGCUAAUUGUAUGUUUGAAUGCAGAGAGGUUGUGCUAAACCUACCUGCUGUAGUCAGACAGUGCCUCCCUUAUGUUUUAAUAUUAUCCUUAGGCAAACGUAUAGAGGAUAUGAGGAAUACAAAAAGAUAAAAAUUCUGUAUGCUGGCCAAGAAAUGGGUACAUGGCUCAAUUCACCACUACACUUUUUCUGGCAUUGGUGGUGAUUAUUGUGGUUUGUAACACACUAAUAUGGAAAUGUAAGUUGUAAAUGGACAAAAACCUGUAAUGUGAUUAAUUGUUCCUUUACAUUUUUAAUACAGGUAUUAGAGACAUUUGUAUGUGUGCCAGUGUGCAUGCAUGAAAUUUAACAUUUUAGUGAAAAGCUGUUGUUUUUGCAACAAAAAUAUAUAUUCUAGCAUAGUGUUAGCCUCUAAUGUAUGCAAGUUGCAAAAAGCUGAACUAUACUGUAGUGAUUGUGGGGGAAACAGGUUUUUAGUCGAUCCAAUUCUAGUCACCAUAGCAGUAUCUGAGAGCCAGUUGGUAUGGGGUUCUAGACCUGGAACGAAAAAUUGGGCUUUAUUGUAUUGUUCAAUUUAGCUGACUGUGUUUGUACUGAAUCAUAUUUUAAAUAAUGUCUAGUGAUGGGCAAAUCUGAUCCGUUUCGAUUCACCGAAUAUUCACAAGACGCCAAAAAUUAGCCGAAAUGCAUUGAAGUCUAUGGGCGUCACCAUUUUUUGAAGAGCAACACAUUUUUUCACCUAUUGGAGUCUACGGGCAUCAUUUUCACUCAUCACUAAUAAUGUCUGUCUGUCUGAUUGUCUGUCCCCCACUCCUGGCAUCACUCUUCAGCCUAGAAGGCAUACAUUGACCAUAAUUGGGCCAACAAUACAAGGCUUUAGGCUUAUCCAGAUAUUGAUUUGGCUUGCUGAAAAGUCCUGUUAAGCUAUGGCCAUGUUAGCAACAGUUGCUGUUGUUACCAGUGGUUGGCCAAAAGCCAAAAUAAUUGGAUCAUCCUAAUUUGACCUACCAUCUGAGAUACUUAUUCGGAGACCAUCCCAAGAAUUCCGGUCUUCGUUUGUAUGAUAUCUACACUUUAAUCAAAUUGAGACCUUAGAACCAGAAUCAUUUCAUCACCUUCCCAAGCUGGAAAGACUAUUUCUGCAUAACAAUCGAAUAACUCACUUGGUGCCUGGCACGUUUAGUCAGCUGCAAUCUAUGAAAAGGCUGCGAUUGGAUUCAAACGCUCUCCACUGUGACUGUGAGAUCCUGUGGUUGGCAGAUCUUCUGAAAAUCUAUUCCGAAUCCGGUAAUGCACAAGCUGCUGCCACAUGCGAAUAUCCACGCGGACUUCAAGGGAGAUCGGUAUCCACCAUUACACCAAGUGAACUGAAUUGUGAGAGGCCAAGGAUUACGUCAGAGCCACAAGAUGUGGAUGUUACCUUUGGGAACACUGUGUAUUUCACAUGCCGGGCUGAAGGCAAUCCCAAACCAGAAAUCAUCUGGCUUCGAAAUAACAAUGAGCUGAGCAUGAAGGAUGACUCUAGGCUGAAUCUUCUGGAUGAUGGAACAUUGAUGAUCCAAAACACCAAGGAGACUGACCAGGGAAUUUAUCAGUGUAUGGCAAAAAAUGUAGCUGGAGAAGUGAAAACACAUGAAGUAACCCUCAGAUACUAUGGAACUCCAGCCACACCCAAUUUUGUAAUUCAACCUCAAAACACAGAAGUGCUUGUUGGUGAAAGUGUCACAUUAGAAUGCAGUGCGGCAGGACAACCACAACCACGGGUCACAUGGACAAGAGGUGACCGAACCCCACUGCCAAGCGACCCACGAAUAAACAUUACUCCAUCAGGAGGACUUUAUAUUCAGAAUGUUAAUCAGGAUGAUGCCGGAGAAUAUACAUGUUUUGCAACAAAUUCUGUAGACACAAUUCACUCUACUGCCUAUAUUAUAGUCCAAGCUGUGCCACAGUUUACAGUUGUGCCGCAAGACCGGAAUGUUUUUGAAGGAAACACAGUUGAUUUUCACUGUGAAGCACAAGGUAAUCCAAAUCCAGUGAUCGCCUGGACCAAAGGAGGAAAUCAGCUCUCUGUGGAUAGAAGGCAUCAGGUUUUAUCUAGUGGGACACUACGAAUUCUCCGGGUUGCUUUACAUGACCAAGGCCAGUAUGAAUGCCAAGCAGUAAAUAUAGUCGGUUCUAAAAGCAGCGCAGCCCAGCUCAUUGUACAGACCAGAGUUACUCCUGUGUUUGCCACUGUACCAAAUGACAUGACCGUAGAAGUUGGCACUGAUGUUCAGAUUCCAUGUAGCUCUCAGGGUGACCCACUGCCUGUCAUAACCUGGAACAAGGAUGGAAUCCAAGUAACAGAAAGUGGGAAGUUUCACAUUAGUCCACAUGGAUUUUUAGCUAUAAGAGAUGUUGGCCUUGCAGACCAAGGACGUUAUGAAUGUAUUGCACGAAAUCCCAUUGGCUAUUCCUCCGUCAGCAUGGUGCUAAGUGUAUUAGUACCUGAAGUGAGCCGCACUGGAGACCCAUUUGUUGCAACUUCAAUUAUUGAGGCUAUUGCAACUGUAGACAGAGCUAUAAACUCAACAAGGACCCAUCUGUUUGACAGUCGCCCUCGUUCUCCUGGAGACCUGCUAGCUCUGUUCCGAUAUCCCCGAGAUCCCUACACUGUAGAACAAGCUAGAGCUGCAGAAAUAUUUGAAAGGACACUACAGAUUAUACAAGACCAUGUACAGAAUGGACUGAUGGUCGACCUAAAUGGAACAAGUUAUCACUAUAAUGAUCUUGUUUCUCCUCAGUACCUCAAUCUGAUAGCUAACCUAUCAGGAUGUGCAACACACAGAAGAAUCAAUAAUUGCUCAAAUAUGUGCUUUCACCAGAAAUACAGAACCCAUGAUGGUACUUGCAAUAACCUGCAGCAUCCUAUGUGGGGGGCAUCACUGACCGCUUUUGAACGAUUGUUAAAGUCUGUGUACGAAAAUGGAUUUAAUCUACCAAGGGGAAUAUCUGGAAGAAUUUAUAAUGGAUUCCCACUUCCUCUGCCUCGUUUAGUUUCAACAACGUUGAUAGGAACCCAUACAAUUACACCCGAUGAACAAUUCACUCAUAUGUUAAUGCAAUGGGGACAAUUUCUUGAUCAUGAUCUUGACUCUACUGUAGUUGCUCUUAGUCAAGCUCGGUUUUCUGAUGGUCAGGAUUGCAGUGUUGUUUGUACAAAUGAUGCUCCCUGCUUUCCCAUUAUGGUUCCACCUAACGACCCACGGGUUCGAAAUAAUGCACGAUGUAUGUCCAUGGUUCGUUCAAGCCCUGUCUGUGGAAGUGGCAUGACUUCUCUUUUAAUGCACUCUGUUUAUCCCAGAGAGCAAAUGAACCAGCUGACUUCAUAUAUCGAUGCAUCCAACGUCUAUGGAAGUUCUGACCACGAGUCCAAUGAAAUUAGGGAUUCAGCAAGCCACCGUGGUCUCUUAAAACAGGGUAUUGUUCAACGAUCUGGAAAACCACUUCUACCUUUUGCAACUGGACCUCCAACUGAAUGUAUGAAAGAUGAAAACGAAAGCCCAAUACCAUGCUUUCUAGCUGGAGACCAUCGCGCUAAUGAGCAGUUGGGACUCACAAGCAUGCACACUUUGUGGUUUCGAGAGCAUAACAGAAUUGCAACAGAACUGCUGAGAUUGAACCCGCAUUGGGACGGAGAUACAAUAUAUCAUGAAACCCGUAAGAUAGUUGGAGCAGAAAUGCAGCACAUAACAUAUUCUCAUUGGUUACCAAAAAUAUUUGGAGAUGUAGGCAUGAAGAUGCUUGGAGAGUACACAAGUUAUGAUCCCAAUAUAAAUUCUGGAAUCCUGAAUGAAUUUGCAACGGCUGCAUUUCGAUUUGGCCAUACGCUUAUAAAUCCUAUUCUCUACCGACUGGAUGAAAACUUUGAACCUAUUCCACAAGGUCAUGUGCCUCUCCAUAGGGCUUUCUUCUCUCCAUUUAGAAUUGUAAAUGAAGGUGGUAUAGAUCCACUUCUUAGAGGACUUAUUGGAGUUGCAGCAAAAAUGCGUGUCACAUCACAAUUACUAAACACGGAACUUACAGAGAAACUCUUCUCAAUGGCCCACGCUGUGGCUUUGGAUCUGGCAGCACUGAAUGUCCAGAGGGGUCGUGACCAUGGGAUACCUCCUUACCAUGAUUUUAGAAUCUUCUGUAAUCUCUCGACAGUGCAGACAUUUGAGGAUCUUAGAAAUGAAAUAAAGAAUCCAGAUGUCAGAGAGAAGCUUAAAAGGUUAUAUGGGUCGCCACUGAACAUUGAUUUAUUCCCUGCCUUGAUGGUUGAAGACAUCAUACCUGGAAGUCGGCUGGGUCCGACACUAAUGUGCCUUUUAACAACGCAGUUCAGAAAUGUCAGGGAUGGCGACAGGUUUUGGUAUGAGAACCCUGGUGUAUUCACUGCCGCACAGCUGACACAAAUCAAGCAGAGCUCCCUGGCCCGAAUUCUGUGUGACAAUGGGGACAAUAUCACUAAAGUUCAGCACGACGUGUUCAGAGUGGCUGAAUUCCCCCACGGUUAUAUCAGCUGUAAAAACAUUCCCAAGAUGGACCUAAGGGUUUGGCAAGAUUGCUGUGAAGACUGUAGAACCAGGGGACAGUUUAGUACAUUCUCAAAUCACUUCAGAGGGAAACGCUCUACAGAGCACAGUUAUAAGGAUGAGAAUAAAGAACCAUCUAGCUUUUCAAAUUCGUUUGUAAAUACCACUUCUAGCUCUGAACAGCCAAAGAAUCUGCCACAUGUGAAUGACUUCAAAGAGUUUGUUUUGGAUAUGCAAAAGACUAUUACAAGUCUUAGAAAACAGAUCAAAAAACUUGAAUCUCGCUUGAGCAAUACGGACUGCACUGAUGAAACUGGAGAAUCCCACUCUACGAAGGAGAAAUGGAAUAAAGACGCAUGUACAAAGUGUGAAUGCAAUAAUGGACACAUCACUUGCUUUGUGGAAUCCUGCCCACCCAUCAAUUGCUUGUGGCCCCUAAAAAUGGAAGGCGUUUGCUGUCCUGUCUGCACAGAUGACAAGAUACAAAGCACAUAAUUAGCAGAAAUACAAUUUGCAUAAUCACUGACAGCGGCAUUUGCUUCAAGGAAGAUUCCAUAAAACCUCUUUAUAACAUUACAAAACCCAAGGAGAACCAUAGUAUAAGAUUACUUCCAUUUUUAUUUAGUACACAGGAAUACAAUUCAGUCUCUCUCAAAGGAAACCAUGUUAGACAGGAUAUUGAAAUUAAUGUCUGCCAUAUUUUUAUUUUUUGUUUUUUUAUUGUUUGUUUUAAUGCCUCUCAGGUUAGGAAAAUAAACUGGUGCUAAUGAAAAAGUUAAAGUAUU